ACCAAACAUGGCCACAAUAAAUAUUUUAACCAAAUAAUUAAAAAUAACCAUCUUCUGUAUAAAAUGCUGCUAAAUAAAAAGAACCUCAUGUACAAACAGCUAGUGGAAAAGCUGUACGACAAGUGUCAAAAGAUACAGGCGGAAAAUGAGCGCUGUGUGAUGAGGGUAAACGGAAUCAAAAAGAUAGUGAGAAGGCGGAAUCUCGAUGUGGAAAUACUGAAAAGGCGACUGGACAAGCACGGCGACGACUGGCGCUCAGUUCCCAUGGUGGUGCCGCAUCCCAAGGGAAAAACCGAGCAGAAACGCCGGGGACCCAAACCCAAAAACAAACAGGCGGCAGAUGGAACGGGAGCUCCCGGAUCCGAACCUGGAUCCAAUCCUCCAGUAUCUCGAAAACCACGAAAGCAAAAAGCCAAACCGCCACCGACAACCUUCAAUACCAUAGUCCCGCCUCCACAUCCACAACCUCAACUGGGAACCUGAACUUAGGCUAUUCUCUGGCACAUUCUACUUUUAAGAACAAAAACUAUUAAAUGUACUUUAUUAUUAAGUGAAAUGAAAGCUAUACCAUUUUAAACGUUAAUGAUGCAAAUACAAUUAAAUAAGGCGAGUCAUAACCAAUUUUAUAUAUUGAAUUUGGUUUGAUUUGACUAAGUAGAUUUAAGCACACCCCAUUAUAUAUGUUCAAAUAAUUGAAAUUGCUCAUAAAUUACUAUACAUACAUUUUUAUUAAUUAAAAGCUUUUAACAAUUAUCUUUAAGCAAAUGUUAUUUGUAUGUCUUUAAAAUGGAAGCAAACAAAAAUGUAUUUCUUAAGCAAACAUAUAUUUAUAAAUUCCUUUAAACGAGGAUGUUCAAUCACUAUAUUCCACAGAUCUAAAAAUGAAAAACACAUUAAUUCCACAAGCCCUUGUAUAGAGCAAACCACAGCAGUCAAUUGAUUAUAAAACCUCUGGAGAUUCGUGACGCAUCCGUAUACACAA